AUGCAUGAAUUUUCUACAGCGCCAGAGAGGGAGGGGAGGGCCAUGAUUCGUCGCGACCUAUUCUCCGGCAUCUCUGCAUCCACGGCGUGCAGAAGAUUUGGAACACAUUGCAGACAGAGAGUCUCCUACAUCACAGCAAACCAUAUAAUUGGUAAACGUGCAUUGCAUCGCUAUAGACAACCUGUCCAGGCGUGUGUCGAGUACGUCACCAAGGCGGGUGGUGGUCCGUCCUCCAAAGGGCUAUCCGCUCCGACCAAUCAGAGGCGCCCUGGCUAUGACUCACAGCUUUCUGGCCGCAGAGUCCCUCCUGUUUCCCAGGAGAAGCGCGCGCACGAAAUUCCCUUCCUCGCAUGGUCCCAAUUCAUUUUAGGGGAUUUUCCUCCGUGA